UUUCGGUAUUCAAAAAUCAAUUUGCUCUCAUCCAUUUUUCUUUUAAUCAAAUUCUCCUUUUACUUUGUCGUCAUUGCCCUCUUCUUCUCAUUUAAGCUUUAUCUUAGGGUUUCUUGAAACACAUUUCUACAACCUUCAGAUUUUUUUUCCAAGGCAAAAAAAUGCAACAGCAGCAGCAGCAACUACAACCCCCAGUCUUGAACUCUGCUCCUCCACUGCCUCUGAAUGCUAUCACCACUGAGCAGAUUCAAAAGUUCUUAGAUGAGAACAAAAAUUUGAUUCUUGCCAUACUGGAAAACCAGAAUCUUGGAAAACUCUCAGAAUGUGCCCAGUAUCAAGCCCUGCUUCAGAAGAAUUUGAUGUAUUUAGCUGCUAUUGCUGACGCCCAACCACAACAAUCAGCAGCAACCUCACAGGCUCCAUCUACUACCCAACCCGGAAGCCAGAUGCAGCAAACGCAGGCUGCUCUGCAACAGCAACAGCAACAGCAACAGCAACCAGGCGUCCCUAUUUCCAAACUGCCUUUCCAACUCAACGCCCUUCCAUCCCAGGAGCAGCAACAGCAAAUGCUCCACUUUCAGCAGCAGCAGCAGCAGCAACAGUUCCAAGGCCAAUAUGGCUUUGGACCUACUGCCAACAAUGCAAUGCAUCAACUUAUGCAACCUGGAUUAAACAGCUCAGGAACUCUGGAUGCACGAGGAAAUAAGCAAGGGAACUUAGAAGGUAAUCCUAGUGAUGGCCUUGGAAAAUCAGGUGCAAGACAUGUUAACAGUGAGAGAGAAUAGGCUUUUAAUAUGUUUGUUUCUUCAAAUGAUUAUGCACCCUAUUUUAUGUUUGUAGGUAUGUUUGAUAAAGAUAUUUUAAACUAAGGAACACCUAAAAUUAUGUCAUCAGAGGCAAUCGCGGCAAAGCUUUGUUAUAGUUUUUCAAUUCUGGAACUAUUGGCAUAUAAGAAAGCUUCACUUUAAUAUGAUUGCAUGGAUCUUUUGACAUCUGAA